UGCUCCUAUGUCUGCAGCCAGACCCUCUUGGUCGAGCGGCCAAUUCAGACCGGAAGCGCUCAUGUUCAAGUUCACCGAGUAAAAUCACGCGUCAUUUUUGUCCCGCGCAUUGCAACCAAGCGAAUAAGCUUUGCUUCGCUACUUUUCGUAGAUGUAACACAUUAGAAACUCUUGAAUUCUCGUGUUGUGUAGUUUGUUGAUGUGAUCCAGUGGGUUUGAGUGGGUUUGUCCGUCUGUAUCAGAUCCAUCCAACUUUACAGGUGAAAUCAGCUGAAUGUGUUCUGAUCAUAUGAUUUAACGGUGUGACAGCGACAUCAGCUUACAGUUUAACAGGUUAAGGAAUGCCAGUCAUUCUCUCUACAGGUGUGAUAUGGAGAAUCUAGAGAUGGCCAGAUUGAGCUUUGAAAUGGUGGAUGAGAUGCAUAAAGAAGCAGAAAUCAAACCAAAUUAUCUGGCAAAGCAGCUUCAGGGCCACGGCGAGUACAUCUGCAGCGUUUGCGGAGAUGGCACCUUCUCGCUCGCUCGGCUGAACAAACACAUGCAGUUCCACGACCGCGAUCGCCCAUUUCCCUGCGAGCUCUGCGGCAAACGCUUCGGCCAUCGCAGCCAUCAUACGGAGCACCAGCGUGUUCAUACAGGCGCCCGGCCGUAUACCUGUGACCGCUGUGAAUGGGCCUUUACCACCCGCCACAACCUGAAACGCCACCAGCUCGUCCAUGAUAAAGAGCAGACAUACAGCUGCAAUGUGUGUGGUCUUCUCUUCUGCCAGGAGCAUCAAAUGGGCAACGUGAGGAGCAUCAUGAGGGUCCGUCAUGAGCAACGCAGGUCUCAGAUGCAUCCAAAACUCAAGUAUAAAACCAGUCAGAAGAAAAUACACAAAAGCCUCAAGAAACUUGGCAGAGAUACUUUUGAAAGGCUGAACACCAGAAUCCAGAGGAUUGCUUAUGACAUUGAGGUUGUGUUGUGAAGAAUAUCGACUGCAUUAAUGCUAGUCAACAUACUUUAGGCUUUUUUUGUGGCCAGUGUGAUUGCAACAAUCGCAGACAUGUUUUUUCGUUGUGCUAAUAAGGAGCAGGGCCGUUGGUUUUCCCAUAUAUAAUCUGCAACAUUUGCCAGUAGAGCUUCUGCUUUAACAUUGUCGUAAUGCAAGUGAUGUAGUUUUGAUACGUCGCUGCUCUCGUGUUCGGUAUAAACGCAUCACUGUAGUUUGUUUACAGUUUCUAAGUGACAUUUUCUGUAUUAAUAUAUUUUUCAGUUGCUGUUUGGUGUUUGUAUUUCAGCUAAGUCUCAUAACUGUGCAUCUACUCAUUCUUUAUGAAAAUUCAGUUCUUCUGGUUCGCGUUCAUCAAGUUCAAAAUAUAAAGAGAAAAGUUGUUUGAGGAAAUGAUCAUAAACUAGAUGUCUCUGAGAUAAAAUCAGCAGUAAAAAAAAAAAUACAAAGGAAUGUUUUUGUUGAAACUCUUGUGCACUUUUGGAUUUAAAUCCAUCAAUCUAUCAGAAACCACAGAGCGGUUAAAGAAAGCUGUUAAAAGUGGUCAAACUGAAUGCUUUUAAAGGAGUCUGGAGCCAAACUCCUUUAUAUCUAUAGCCGCUAUAGUGUAGCGAUGCAGAUCUAAGACAAUGAGUAGCAUUACUACGUCUUAAGUGAUUUUCUAAAGAUGCUGGAAUGGACAACAGUAUCCAUCAGAAAUAUACAUCUUUGAUAUUUCUAUAAUGUUCUUUUAGCAGUGCAUUUUUUUUUUUUUUUUUUUUUUAAUAAUGCUGUUCACUUUAGACUUUUAACUGUUUUUCUUAGCUUAAAAUGUUGUGCUUUUAUUAUUUAAAAUGGUUUUAUUUCUGCUUCUCAAGGCCUGUUUUUGUUGUGCCU